AUGUUUUCAAAUGUUCAGAAAUACUUUUAUGCUAACGAUAACGAAAAUCUAAAUGUACGCCAAAUAUUUAAACCUAUCUACAUAGUGUUAACAUUUUUUGGUCUCUUUCCUUAUAGCAUUAAGUUCAAUAAUAACAAACGUGGUUUAACUAUAAUUAAGAAGUCGAUUUACAUCAAUUCCUUAUGUUCAGUUUCGUACAUACUUCUCCUGUUCACGUUCUGCGGGCUGCACAUGCGGUACGUGGUCGACUCCAUCGGAGACACUGUUAUGACCAGAGAGGUGCUCACUCAAAUGAACUACAACGUCGAGAUGGCUAGCUUCCUUAUAUUCUGCGUAACUGCAUACUUCUGUGCGUUUAAAAACAGAAAUAUAUACGUGAAAAUAAUUAACAAAAUAGCUAACAACACAGAUACUUCCAAUAUAGAAAGUAACUUGAAGAAGCUGCGUUUUCAAACGAACAUGAUAAUAGUCUACCUCGUGCUUGUAUCUUUACUACAGGUAGCUGUAAACUGGACACGAGACGAUUCAUUAUGGAAGGCUUUACUAGUACACAUGACGUUCUUAGUGCCGCAAUUGAUACAGUUCACGGUGUUAGCGUUCUACUACGUUCUCAUCUUGAUGCUGGUCGUGUUACUCAAGAAUAUUAGGCUCCACAUAGCGAACCUAUCGAUGGCGAAAACAAUUGUAAUGGAUCAUUACGUCAAGUCUGAGGACAAAGUUUUGACACUCCAGUAUGUGGAGUCUUUGUACGAAAUAGCUUUUGAAAUUAAGAGAGAUAUUAAUAAUGUAUUUCAAAUGCCAUUUUUGUUUACCACUGUGCAAUGUUUCCACACAAUGGUAAGCGAGUCUCACAUAAUAUACCAUGGCUUAGUAGUGGAGAAAGACUUUUCCCGGCACAACAUUGUAAAUUGUUCAAUUUGGGUGAUAUAUCAGAUUUUCAAAUUGUAUAUCAUGUCUAGAUCAGGACAUUUGUUGAAGCACGAGGUUAGUAAAAUAGGACAGGCACUACAUAGUAUACCCACAGCGAAACACGAUAUACGCUUGUUAUUGGAGAUACAACAUUUUUCAUCUCUAAUUUUAUUCCACGGUGACGAUAUAACUGCCUAUGGACUAUUUUCUUUGGAUGCUGCUCUUCUAUCUAAGAUCGUUGCUUCAUCAGCUAUGUAUUUAACCAUUGUGGUGCAGUUCGACAGGAAAUGA